AUGUCUGGAGAACACCACAAGAGCGAUUCCGCAAGAAUGAGCACAAGCACCAGAGUGAAAGGGCCCCAGCCGUUGCCCGCCAAACGAAGCCGGGUGUUUGCUCACACCGGAGAUCAAAUCAGGGAUCAACACGGAUGGAAAGGCGCUCCAAUAGGAGAGAAGUACCAUCCGGGUGUUAAAAGCGCGUACGCGCCAUAUAUCGAUUCCGACGGUUGGGGUAGCCCUAUUGUCUACAUCCUUGGGAUCCGCGCCAUCCGACUCCUACGUCUUUGGUUUUAUAAUGACCUGUCCUCCAAGUGGGGAAUCUUGAGCUCUGCACCAAUACACUGCGCGAGGAUAUGUAAUUCGCCAGUGAUUGCUCCAUUCGUCUGGGUGAGGUUGGUGAUAGGGGCAUGUCCUCCACAUAAAUCCUCGGGUAUGUAUCACCAGCUCGUGGGUGCAGUGGCGAUCGAAUGGCGCGCAAAUCCCCCAGUUUACACCGGGAAAAUUUAUGUAUUCAUCCAGACACGACUGUCUUGUCUUCAUAAGGAUGUUGAGGACGGCCCCGGCUUGCGCCGAGACUUCUGA